GUUAGUACUAUUUUCACCACUGAUCACCACCCAACUUCAAAACACUGAUCACUAUCACUCAGUACAACAGUGUCCCUAGAUUCUUCUUCUACUUCCUUGCAUUCAUGUACUACUAUUGCCCAGUUGCCACGCGUGCAUGGACAAAUAUCCUGAAGUGGGCCCGGCGUUACCAGUCCAGGGGCCCACUGGUCCUUCGGCCACCACCCCACUGACGCUAGAAAAAAACCCACCCUCACAGUCCACGGCCAGAAUUCAGACGAACAUAUCUGGUCCAGUCAAAUCUAGUUCUUACUUCAGCGACACCAUGCGCGCCCCGGCGAGAGUCCUGCACCGCGCGGCCGCCCUUAUCGCUGCCGGUACUGGAGAGGCCUCGUCGUCGUCGCCUGCCUCAACACAGCCACCACCGGAGCAGGCGGCGCCGAUGGCGUUGGACUCGGACAUGACGGUCAUCCUGGCAUCGCUGCUGUGCGCGCUCGUCUGCGUCCUUGGACUCGCACUCGCCUCCCGGUGUGCAUGCCGACACCGACGCUCCAGCUCCACUUCCUCCUCUAACCCACCCCAAAAGGGCCUCAAGAAGAAGGCAAUCGACGCGCUCCCCACCGUCUCCUUUGCCGCCGCAGCGUCACCACAGCCGGCAGCAACGGAGUGUGCGAUAUGCCUGGCCGAGUUCGCAGAGGGGGAGGGCGUGCGCGUUCUCCCGCGGUGCUGCCACACCUUCCACGUUGUUUGCGUCGACGCUUGGCUCCGCACAUGCGCCACCUGCCCCUCUUGCCGCGCCUCCAUCGUUGCUGCUCCAGCCCCUGCACCCACGGUGGUGGUCGCAGUGGUAGGGAACAACAGGUGCGGGAGGUGCGGCGAGGCGGCGGCGCCGGCUGGUGGUGGGGACAUCACAUUCUUGCCUUAAUCAGUUAGGCUAUUGUAAUUAAUUGAAGUUUUCUUUGGUUAGUCGAGUAUCUAUCAUCAGCUAGUAAUUAAUUACUUGAGUUGUACUUAG